UCUUCCACAUGACGGGACGAGAAGCAAAGAGACACUGCUACUUACACUCAGCUUCUUUUUUCCUCAGAUCACUCAGGCUGCAGUAAACAGGAACAUGACACACACACGGUGGACUGUGUGUCUGCUCUUCCUGAUCGUCUUCCUCACAGGGUGUGUGUGUGGAUUAAAUGUGAGUGUGUGGCAAACACCACGACUCAUAGUGGCAGCGGCAGGAGAGCGAGUGGACAUCACCUGUCACUUCACAGUGAGGACAUCACAGGGAGGACGAUGGAGAGUCGAAUGGAGGAAAAAUAAUGCCACAGAAUUUCCAAAUGAAGUUUAUCAUAUAUCUGAUAUAAAACCUAACGUUUUAACUGAAGUGAAUAAAUCUUCCACACUGAGUCUUCACUCACUGAAUGUGAGUCACAGUGGGAUUUAUUACUGUAGGGUGUGGCAGGAACUUCCCGGACUCGGACCAAAAACUGACGGUAACGGAACAGAGCUAACUGUGGUGAAUACUCGAGGUGACCCAUCCAUCAUCACCCCUAACAUCACCCCUCCUGCUGAGGUUGUAGAGUCAGUCACAUGGAUGCUACUGUUAGUUUUAGCACUGAUUAUUAUCUGCGUUACGUCUGUCAUAUGCUUGAGACACAGAGGUCACUCCACGAGACAAAAACAAAAGAAGGAAAGCCAGUCAGUGCAGACGGAUGAUAAUGGCGUGGUGUACGCUGCCGUGAAGAUUCACAAACGCCACGAGAACAAAAACACACAGGAGGUCAGUGAAGAGCUGGAUGAUAAUGGCGUGGUGUACGCUGGCUUGAAGAUUCACAAACGCCACGAGAACAAAAACACACAGGAGGUCAGUGAAGAGCUGGAUGCAGGAUGUUCAGUAACCCAUGAGGUUUUAUACUCCAAGAUUCACAGAAAACCCUAAAAACAUUAUGUGACUAUUGAAACGAUAUGAUGUUUAUGGAGUGUACAUUUAUAUAAAGUUUUAUCAAGUUUUAAAGUGUAAUAAAAUAAAAGCUUUAUAUAAAACAAUAAACAAUGAAUCAAGCUUUGACCUAAAUCAUUAUAAACUCUGAAUUAUUGAUUAAUUGCAAAUAAAAAUAUAUUUUUACUCAAAAA